AUGGUGCGGGGGAAGGUGACGCUUCAGCGGAUCGAUGAUGGGGCGAGGCGGAUGGUGAGCUUCUCUAAGCGUCGGAGCGGUCUGCUGAAGAAGGCGCGAGAGCUCGCCGUGCUGUGCGACGCCGAGGUCGGAGUCGUAGUCUUCUCACCCAAGGGCAAGCUCUCCCACUUCUCCAGCCAGUCCAGGUACAUACUCGCGCCCCCCACCCCCCAUCCGUCUGUUUUCCGCUUCCUCCUGUUUGUGAAAUGCAAGUGA